AUGGAAUCGGCACAGUAUGAGCACAUUCUUCGCGAAAAGUUUAUGGGAGCCAUCGUCAUGUUAAACUUCAUCUAUCACCUCGGCGAAAAAAACCUCGAUGAAGUUUUUAAUUCCAUUGUUACAGCAAUUACUGAUUUAGGUGUUUCUCCUGAUUUUGUCCUUAAGCAAAUCAACAGAGCUUCCAAGAACAGACUUCCUUACUUGAGACAGUACUUCGAACUCUUUAAAUUAAUUGUUGAAAAGUAUCAUGUCCAACUUGACAGUCACAACUACGGAGGACCAUUAUUAGCUGCUGUUGGAUUAGAGUACAAUCUUUAUCCACCAAAGUACUGGAACUCCUUAGAAGAAGUUUUCGAAGUUGAUGAAAUGGGAUCUCCAAUCAAUCUUGUUCUCCAUGAUGAUGUUGAAGGUCUCAAAGCUAAGAUUUCAUCUUUGGACGUUAAUGAAAAGAUUUGGUCAAAUUAUUACCGCGAUCCCAUUAGAAUGUUCAAAUUAAUGGAUCCAUAUCAUACAUUAAUUGAUUGGGCUGCAUGCUUUGGUUCUGUUAAGUGUUUCCACUUCUUGGCUGAACAUAAUUCCCAAAUAACUUUACAAACACUUACAUUUGCUCUUCAAAAUGGUAACAAGGAAAUAAUUGACAUAUGCAUUGAGAAAACCAAGGGUUCUGCAAUCGAUGAAAUCCGAAGAAAAGGAAUUCCUACAAAUGCAGUUUGCGGCCAUAAUUACGAGUAUGGAGUUAAGUACUUCGAUGAGGGCCUUGUUGAAGAAGACUAUGGCUUAUUGAUUAACUCCGGAAAUCUCGAAUUAUUCUUUUAUGUUUUGUCAAAAGGAAAUAUUCUCACAAACAACGACUUCUUCGAAGAUGUUAAGAUGCUUGCUCCUUCAUUCACAAUACCAAAUCUUGUUGAUACAAUCCAAGAAGUAUUUAAUAAACAUUAA